CCCCUAUGAAAAUCUCCCUGACCAACGUCGAUGUGUGUUAUUUUGCGUGGAGGCUUCAUAAGCCUGUCCGAAUCCUGCCUUUUGGACUAAAUGCCUGUCUUCAUGGCAUCGGGGUACCAGCAUCGCCUGUGGCGCUACGUAGAUGCGGGUCGCCGCCGCAAGCUGCGCAGGCUACUGCGGCGUCACAGGCAGGCGCUGGACCUGGGUGAGGUCGUGGGGCACAAGAGCCGGACCCCCCUGCACCGAUCCUGUGCCCGGCAGGACCACAAGACUGCCCUCCUCUUGAUGAAGUAUGGAGCGGACCCCGUCCUUUUGGAUCAGCGUGGAGACACAGCCCUGCACGUAGCUGCUCGGCAAGUUGUGCGCAAAGGAGGCACUGUGUAUGAAGACCUUUUCGUUCCUUUGCGAAAUCAGUGCCCUGCUGCCAUGAGCAUCAGAAACAGAGAUGGAAAGACGCCAGGCGACCUUUUGGGACAAUCAGAAGACAGAUGGUGCCCUCAGGAGAUGUUGGAAGAGAGUGAUACGGAACGCGAGGCCGACAGGGAGUGGAAUCGCAAACUCCUUGGCGAAUUGGAAGAUGAGUAUCAGGAGAACUGCUGGCGGUAUGAAGAGGAUUUCUACACUACCGGCCCAGACCCAGAGACCUAUGAGGAUUGGGUCGAUCGCAUAGCCCGCGAAUACAGCCAGAAACGAAGGCGAGCGGAGGGUGACCACCACCAGCGUAAGCCCAAAACCGAACUCCAAAAGCCUGCCCCGAAGCUGCAGCACCUCCUAGAAGAGGAGCAUCUGCUGUACGAGAAGCGCGCCCGGACCAAAGAAGCAGAAUUGAAGGCGGCUAAAAGAGCCCGUUACGAAGAAGGCUGCAGCCGGGUCUUCACCGCCGACAGUUCCCGGCCUCUGAGUUACGCAGACAUUCCCUGGCCCUGCCCGAGAGGGACCGCCGAGGAAAUGGCUGCGGUGGCCCUCCACGGCACGGAUCCCUCAGACAGGGCGGCUUACCGGCGUUUCCUCCGGCGCCAGCAAGCUCUGUGGCAUCCGGACAAGUUUGCUCAGCGCUGCGGCACACGCUUAGCCGAGCGGGAUCGCCGCCGGAUCUUGGACAUGGUCACCGCGUUGUCCCAAGCUUUCAACCAGCUAGCCGAAGCGGCCAAGUGACACGUGUUGCCGUCCCUCCCUCCGUUGUGGGUUAAUAAAGUUUUGUCUCUGAGAAUGUGGGGAGGAAAUGGAUUGUUGGGGCAGGAAGGAACUCUGCCAUUAGAAAUGGCUUUUUCUGGGUGCUUCUGGGUUUCCAAAGAAGCACUGAAAGAGGAAAUCAGAGCAACUUGACGGGAUCAGGGGUUCACAAGAGGAUCUCUUCUGUGACAACCGAUGCUAAGAAGAGCGA